GCUUUAGGUGUUGAAGUGAAAAAAGACCCUAUAUAAAGAUAAUAUAGCUUAUAAAGUCUCUUCUCUGCUCCGUCAAGCUGAGGAGGAUAAAAACCCUAGGGUGAGUGAGACAGAGAGAAGCGAAAAUGGUGCAGCGCCUUGUUUACCGAUCACGACACAGUUACGCCACCAAAUCCAACCAGCACAGGAUCGUCAAAACUCCAGGAGGUAAAUUGACGUACCAGACCACUAAGAAGAGAGCUAGUGGACCUAAAUGUCCCGUUACCGGCAAGCGUAUUCAGGGUAUUCCUCACUUGAGGCCAACUGAGUACAAGAGGUCACGUUUAUCAAGAAACAGGAGGACCGUGAACCGUGCUUAUGGUGGGGUUUUGUCUGGUUCUGCUGUUAGGGAAAGAAUCAUUCGUGCCUUCCUUGUGGAGGAGCAAAAGAUUGUGAAGAAGGUUUUGAAGCUUCAGAAGGCAAAGGAAAAGGUUGCUCCCAAGUGAUCUAGACCCUAUUAGUUUUUAUGUUUUAUGGCUCUGUUCUAGCGAUAGUACUGGUUGCAGAGAAAAACAUUGUGUACUCAUCAAAAAAUUUAAGCUUUUUUGUAUUGGUUUUGGAUCUUUGGCUCUGUCUACAAUUCGUUUCGGUUUUCGUUUCUUGUUCAUGUUGAGUUCACAUUUCACGUUUUCAAUUCUUACCCCCGAAACUUCCUAUUGGUUACAAAUGAUUUAUACUCUUUUUUUCUCUUUUGAGCCUAAAACUUUAACUUCUGCAAUAUUUGUUACAUGAGUGAUUAUCUAUAAUAGAUGGUUGUGCAAAUUUCUUU